AUUAGACGCUCUCGGUCUCUCUCUUCUUCAUUGAACCGAUCUCACUGUCUUCCAUUUUAUCGAUUUUUUGUGUCAUCAGGCUCUCUUGUUUGAUCACAAGGCUUACAGAAAUUUGUUCACUACUUGUCUCCUCUCCAAGCCUAGCCUAGCUCUCUUGUAGAUCUGUAAUAGCUGAAGCUAUUAAAACAUGGAUAUUUCAUAAGUUGUAUCCUCCAAUCUUCGAGCUUCCAAACAGCUUCUACAUUGAGGAGUUAAACAUACAUCAACAGAUCUUUUAAGUUUCAGCUUCCCUCUCUGUUUAAAUGGCCUCGAGCUCCCAAACAACCUCUUCAUCUCUUCCAGCUCCUCAGUGGAAGCACGAUGUGUUUCUCAGCUUCAGGGGUGAAGACACUCGGAAGGGUAUUGUAUCCUCUUUAUACCAUGAAUUGAAAAACAGAGGAAUACAAACAUUCAUGGAUGACCAAGGGCUUCAGCAAGGGAUGCCUAUUUCUCCAAGUCUCCUAACAGCAAUUGAGGAAUCCAGGUGUGCAGUCGUUCUUCUAUCGCCAAACUAUGCUUCUUCUACAUGGUGUUUGGAUGAACUCGCAAAGAUUCUUCAAUGCUCUGAAGCCAAGAAGACACUGGUUCUGCCAAUUUUUUAUAAUGUGGAUCCCUCUCAUGUGCGACAUCAAAGGGGAAGUUUUGCAGAAGCCUUCACUAAGCAUGAAGAGAGGUAUGGGCAAGGAAAUGAUGAUGUAGAGAAGGUGAACAAGUGGAGAGAUGCUUUAACACAUGUGGCCAAUCUCUCUGGGUUGGAGUCAAACAAAUUUGGGUCUGACAGAGAACUUGUCCAACACAUUGUGGAACUUGUGUGCUGUGAUGUAAGGCCUAUUUCAAUAAUGUCGAGCAGCAAUUUUGAAGCAUUUGAAUCAACAAGAAAAGCCAUGAAUGAGCUGAUGGAGGCAUUAGAAGAUGAUGAGGUCGCUGCCAUUGGGGUCUAUGGAAUGGGAGGGGUUGGGAAGACAACCAUGGUGAAACAUUUCGGUGCACAAGCCCAAAAAAUGGGGCUUUUUGAUCGUGUGAUUAUGGCUGUUGUAUCCCAAGCCCCAGAUAUAAGAAAUAUUCAAGGCACACUUGCGGAUCUGCUGGGCUUGAAAUUGGUGGAGGAGUCAGAAAGUGGACGAGCCGAUAGAUUGCAGACGGAGAUGCUUAGAAGAAAUAAGAUCCUUAUAAUCUUAGACGACAUUUGGAAUACACUUGACUUGUCAAGCAUUGGAAUUCCCAGCUACAACGAGCUUCAAAUAUGCAAUUCCAAACUGCUAUUCACCACAAGGAGAUCGAAUAUUUGCCAUACCAUGGAGAGCCAAGCAAAAAUUCAUCUCAAUAUCUUAUCAGAAGAUGAUGCUUGGAACUUGUUUUUGAAGAAGGCAAGAAGGUCUUUUCAAAAGUCUAGCCCUUUCUAUGAAGUAGCCAGAAAGGUAGCUAAAGAAUGUGCUGGUCUCCCAGUGGCAUUGAUUGCAGUUGCGAGGGCACUUGGAGAUAAAGAGCUUGAAGACUGGAAAGAAGCAGCCCGACAACUUGAGAUGUCUCAACCUGCCAACCUUGACGAGGAGAAAGAUUGGUCGAUGGAUGCGGACGAAGGCUACUCAGCAAUCUCACUAAUCGAGAGCAACAUUUACAAGCUUCCCAGCAAGUUGGUAUGUUCAAAACUUCAGAAUUUAUUGCUACAAAAAAAUGCUGAUAUAAGAGAGAUCCCAAGAACCUUUUCUCAAAGUCUCAAUGAUUUAAGGGUCUUAGAUCUUAGCCACACUGGCAUUUCAUCAUUGCCCCCAUCAUUCAGUCUCCUAACCAGACUCGAAUCUUUGUGUUUAGAUGAUUGCAAGUCCAUGAUUGACAUAUCCUUACUUGGAAAACUGAAAGAGCUUAAGAUUCUUAGUAUGAGACGCUGUUACUCUAUUAAGAAAUUUCCAAAAGAGAUUGGAAAUUUGACGAAUUUAAGAAUAUUGGACUUGACUGAAACUUGUUUUGAGACAGUUCCCUCUCAUGUGAUAUCAAGGUUGUAUAGAUUGGAAGAACUGUACAUGAGUUAUUUUGGCAAGUGGGGUAGUAAAGUUGAGGGAGGCUUCUUGAGUUUUAAAAUGAAAAAUGCUAGCUUUGAUGAGUUAAUUGGCUUGUCAAGUUUAAACACUUUGCAGGUUGCCAUAUGUGGUGCAGAAUGCUUGCCUCAAAACGUUGAGGUCAAUCCAAAUUGGGAUAGGUUUUAUAUAAUUAUCCAAAGAUACGGCACGAUGAGAGUACCCACUGGGGGCAAUUGGGGCAUUUAUGAUGAGGGCUUUCCAAAUCGUUGUUCAAGAACAUUGAUUAUGGACGAAACCAUGAAUAACUUACCCGAUUGGUUCAUCAGUGUGGUGACAGAAAAAACAGAGGAUUUAUGGUACACAGGUCGCCAUGGUAACCUUCUCGAGGAACACGACCGUGGGAGAUUACAUGGACUCAAGUAUCUGCGUAUAGGUUCUUCCGAAUAUGCCAAAGCCAAAGUGUUGUUCAACACAAUAACAUGGACUAGGGUGUCAAAUGAACCUGUGUUUGAGAACUUGAAAGAGUUGGUCAUCUCCAGGAAUCUCUUGAAGGAGCUAUGUGUCGGUGAAUUACCACCUGGCUCUCUACGUAAUCUUGAGAGAUUGAUGGUGGAUGAUUGUGUUAGUUUGGUGAAACCGCUUUUAUCAUCAAAGUUGUUGCACAGACUACAGAGUCUGAAAAAUCUAGCUUGUUCUGCGUUUUCGAGAAUGAAAUAUGUGUUUGGAUUUGAAGGGCAUGAACCACAACACCUUGUCUUGACGUGGCGGCUGAGAAUGAUUUCAUUGAGAAACAUGCACGGCUUAAUAAACAUAUGGGAUGGUCUUGCUCCAUCUGGAAUCUUCCAGAGUCUCAAAAUCUUUUCCUUGGUUGAUUGCCCGAAACUGGAAUAUCUCUUCACAUCUGAUGUAGCUCGAUGUCUUUUGCAAUUGGAAGAACUUAGGGUAGAGUGUUGCUGUAGCCUGGACAGAAUAAUUGAAGCAAGUGAGGAAACAGAGAGCAACAAGAUCGUUCUUCCACAGUUGAAGAACUUGGUUUUAGAACGUCUUCCAGAGCUCAUAAGGUUGUCCAGUACUAGCAGCAGUACUAUUGAUAUUGAAAUCGAGUGGCCUUCAUUGGAACACUUGCAUGUCUCUGACUGCCCCCAGUUUUCAAUCUCUGCUUCUGAGUUCAACAGCAUCAACCAAGUCCAACUAAAUGAUUACCGACCUAUGGGCACACUAUGGAUCGACAGUAAAGCACGUCGCUCACACUUUCCAAAAUAUAUGAGUCCGGGCAGAAGGGAACGGACUCAAACUGAAUUAAAGGCGAUGGUAGCUCAUAGAAGUAACAGAGAGAGAAUUGAGCCUACAAUCUUCCGAGAAACUGCUGCAUCUCUUCCUUCAUCACUUGAAUCAUCAUCAUCAGCUCGUCGCUGGAAGUAUGAUGUGUUUUUGAGUUUCAGGGGUCCUGACACUCGCAAGGGUAUCACAUCUGAUCUAUACCAUCGACUGCAGGGGAGGGGAAUUAAAACAUUCAUGGAUGAUCGAGAUCUUGAAGUUGGAGAUGCUGUUUCUCCGACUCUCCUAAAGACAAUUGAAGAAUCAAGGUUUGCAAUUGUUGUUCUCUCGCGAGACUACGCUUCUUCUACUUGGUGUUUGGAGGAACUUGCAAAGAUCUGUGAGUGGAUGGAAGAUCAGAGCAGAAUUCUUCCACUCUUUUAUGACGUGGAGCCCUCUGUUGUUCGAUAUCAGAAGAAAAGUUUCGAAGAAGCUUUCUCUAAACAUGAAACCUCUGGGCGACACAAAUCGGAGAAGGUGAAGCAAUGGAGAGAUGCUUUAAACAAAGUGGCCACUUUCUCUGGGUGGAAUACGCAAGAUUUUAAGACUGUGAGAGAACUUGUCGAAUCCAUUGUGGAACUUCUCAGUAGUAAAGUAGUACCUGAUGCAAUUGAGUCUACAGGAGAUUUUGAAGCAUUUGAAGCAACAAGACAAGCCAUGGAUGAUGUUAUGAAGGCGCUAAAAGAUGACCAGAUCACUGCUGUUGGUGUCUACGGCAUGGGCGGAGUUGGAAAGACAAGCAUGGUGAGACAUGUAGCUGCACAAGCCUGCAAAAAUGGCACUUUCAACCAUUGGAUUAUGGCUGCCAUAUCCCAAAGCCCUGACUUGAGAAAAAUUCAAGUUACAUUAGCAGAUUUGUUGGGUUUUAGAUUUGAGGAGGAGACAGAAGGUGGAAGAGCUGAUAGGUUGCAUAAGGAGGUAAUGAGAAGAGAAAAACUCCUGAUAAUCUUGGACGAUGUUCAGGACAGACCAGAGUUGUCAAGCAUAGGGAUUCCCAGCUACAAGCAGCUUAAGACGUGCAAAUCCAAAGUCGUACUCACCACACGGGGAAGUCAUGUCUGUUAUGUCAUGAAUUGCCAAGCAAGCAUUCGUCUCAGUAUCUUAUCAGAACAAGAUUCUUGGACCUUGUUUGUGAGAAAUGCAGGGGUAGCGAAGAAGAAGAUUCUUGAAUCGACCACUUUUGAGGAUGUGGCAAGGAGAGUAGCUGGACAAUGCAGGGGUCUACCCAUUGCAUUGACAGCAGUUGCAAGGGCACUCAGAGAUAAAGAUGAGGCAGAAUGGCAAAAAGCAGCUCAAAGACUAGAGAAGUCGCUAUCUGAAACCGUUAAGGCUGAGGAAAAUGCCUUCGAAUGUAUAAAAUUUAGUUUUGAUUACUUGAAAGAUGAGCAUUCCAAGUCAUGCUUCUUGCUUUGUUGCCUAUACCCAGAAGGCCAUGACAUACCGGUAGAAAACUUAUUCAAGGAUGCAAUUGCGAAAGGAUUGUUUCGAGAUGCCGAAACAAUUGAAGAAGCCAGAGUAACAGCAGAUUCAGUGGUCAAGGACCUGAAAGAUUCUAGCUUGCUUUUGGAUAGCGAGAAAAAUGGAUGUGUAAAGAUGCAUGAUGUCAUCUGGGAUACAGCCCUGAACAUUGCAAAAUCUGAAUAUGGGUUUUUGGUAACCACUACUGAAAUUGAGCCUACAAUCUGCCGAGAAACUGCUGCAUCUCUUCCUUCAUCACUUGAAUCAUCAUCAUCAGCUCGUCGCUGGAAGUCUGAUGUGUUUUUGAGUUUCAGGGGUGCUGACACUCGCAAGGGUAUCACAUCUGAUCUAUACAAGCGACUGCAGGGGAGGGGAAUUAAAACAUUCAUGGAUGAUUCAGAUCUUCAAGUCGGGGAUGUGAUUUCUCCCGCUCUCCUAAAGGCAAUUGAAGAAUCAAGGUUUGCAAUCAUUGUUCUCUCGCAAAAAUAUGCUUCUUCUACUUGGUGUUUGGAGGAACUUACAAAGAUCUGUGAGUGUAUGGAAGACAACAACAGAAUUCUGCCACUUUUUUAUGGUGUGGAACCCUCUGAUGUACGGUACCGGAACAGGAGUUUCGGAGAAGCUUUUGAUAAGCAUUUAAGCUCUGGGAGACAGACAGCAGACAAGUUGCAGCGGUGGAAUGAUGCUUUAAACAAAGUGGCCAGUUUCUCUGGCUGGAAUUCGCAGAAUUAUAAGACUGAGAGAGAACUUGUUGACGAAAUUGUGGAAUUUCUCGGCAGUAAAGUACUACCACCUGAUGCAAUUGAGUCCACAGGGGAUUUUGAAGAAUAUGAAGCAACAGGACAAGCCAUGGAUAAGGUUAUGGAGGCGCUAACAGAAGACGAGGUCACUGCCGUUGGUGUCUACGGCAUGGGCGGCGUUGGAAAGACAAUCAUGGUGAAACAUGUAGCUGCACAAGCCUGCAAAAAUGGUACUUUUAACCAUUGGAUUAUGGUUGCCAUAACCCAAAGCCCCAACGUUAGAAAAAUUCAAGGUACAUUAGCAGAUUUGUGGGGCGUUAAAUUGGAGGAGGAGACAGAAGGUGGAAGAGCUAACAGUUUGCGUAAGGAGAUAAUGAGAAGAGUAAGACUCCUGAUAAUCUUGGACGAUGUUUGGAAGAGAAUGGAGUUGUCAAAGAUAGGGAUCCCCAGCUACAAGGAGCUUCAAAAGUGCAAGUCCAAAGUCCUACUCACCACAAGGAGAUUGAAUGUCUGUGAUGCCAUGCGAUGCCAAAGAAAGAUCACCCUCAGUACCCUAUCAGAAGAAGAUUCUUGGAACUUGUUUGUUAGAAAUGCUAUGUCGUUUGAAUCGACCAAUUUUGAGAAUGUAGCGAGGAAGGUGGCUAGAGAAUGUGCUGGUCUCCCAAUUGCGGUGAUAGAAGUUGCAAGGGCACUUAAAGAUAAAGAGCUGGCAGAAUGGGAAGAAGCAGCUCAACGACUAGAGAAUUCGCAAAUUGCCGACAUUGACGAUGGGGGAUUCAAAUGUAUAAAAUUAAGCUAUGAUUACUUGAAAGAUGAAGAUACCAAGUCAUGCUUCUUGCUUUGUUGCCUAUUUCCUGAAGACUAUGACAUCCCAAUAGGAGACUUGUUCAAGUAUGCGAUCGGGAAAGGAUUAUUUCGAGAUGCCGACACAAUCCAAGAAGCCAGAGUUAUAGCAGAUUCAGUGGUCAGGUACCUGAAAGAUUCUAGCUUGCUUUUGGAUAGUGAGAAAAAGGGAUGUGUAAGGAUGCAUGCUGUCAUUCGGGAUACCGCCCUGAAUAUUGCAAAAUCUGAAGGUAGGCAUAGUUUUUUGGUAAAAGCUGGCUGUGGUUUAAAGAGCUGGCCAUGUCAAGUACAUGAAGGCUACUCUGCAAUCUCUUUAAUGAACAAUGAUAUCCAGAAGCUACCCGGAGCGCUGAUAUGUCCAAAACUCCAGAUUUUAUUACUACAGCAGAAUGCUGAGUUAAAUGAGAUCCCAGAAACUUUUUGCCAGAGUCCUAGUGAAUUAAGGGUCUUAGACCUUAGCCUCACCAGCAUUGCAGUACUUCCUCAAUCAUUCAGUCUCCUAAUGAACCUCCAAGCUUUAUAUCUAGAUUUUUGCCAGAAACUGAUUGACUUUUCCGUACUUGGAAAACUAAUGAAGCUUGAGAUUCUUAGCAUGAGAGGAAGUGUUCUGAAAGAAUUGUCGAGAGAAAUAGGGAAUCUGAUCAAUCUAAGGAUGCUGGACAUUACUGAUGGAAUUAUUGGCAAAAUUCCAUCGAAAGUGAUAUCACAGUUGCAUGGAUUAGAAGAACUGUACUUGCCAUUUCAAUUUGGGGAUUGGGUCAGUAAGGUUGAAGGAGAAGGAGAAGAAACGGAUAUUGGCUUUGGUGAGGUAACUGGCUUGUCACGUCUAAGUAUUUUGAAGGUUUCCAUAUCUGCAAAGUGCAUCCCUGAAGAGCUUGAGUUUUAUCCCAAUUGGUUGUCCUUUGAUAUAUGUAUUAGUGGAGAUACAAGCAGCAGAGACAUUAUGAGUGACAUAAGUAAUCAAAGCUCUCAAUAUAGUGAUAAAGUUUCAAGAUCCUUGAGUCUUGACACAAGAAUUAAUGCCUUACCAGCUUGGUUUGUCGAUGAGGUAACAGUCAAAACAGAGAAGCUACUGUAUGUAAAGUGCAAAUGGUUAAAUAACAUUCUUGUUGAAUAUCACCAUGGGAGGUUACACAUGCUGAAACAUCUCUCUAUUAUUGGUCACAGUGAGAGCUUGGAAGAGCUUAUGAAUGCUAUAACAUGGGUUCCAGUUAAACCUGUGUUUGAGAACUUGGAAGAGUUGCAUUUGGAGAGUGUGACUUCUUUGAAAGAGUUAUGUGUUGGAAAAUUACCACCUGGGUCUCUAUACAAUCUGAAGUUAUUGAAGGUCCGUUGUUGUCCUAACUUGGGGAAUAUUCUUUUACCAUCAAAAUUGUUACAGAGAUUGCCAAAUCUGGAGAACAUAAUCUGUAAGGAUAUGUCUAGGCUGGAACAUGUGUUUGGAUGUCAAGGGUUUGAGCCAGAGCAAUCAAAACUGAGAGAGAUGACAUUUAUCAAUCUACCUGCUCUAAGAAACAUAUGUAAUGGUCUGGCUCCACGUGCAAUGUUCCAAGCUCUUAAAAGUUUGUUCAUUUAUCAUUGCACCUUUCUGAGAUGUCUCUUCUCGUUUGAUACUGCUCAAUUUCUUUUUCAAUUGGAAGACCUUUUUGUAGACAGUUGCCCUUUAUUGGAAAGACUAAUUGAAGUACGCAAGGAAAAAGAAAACAAGAAGAUCAUUCUUCCAAAAUUGAAGAACUUGGUUUUAGAGAAACUUCCUAUGCUGUACAGUGGAAGUGCCACUAUUAAUAUCAAGUGUCCUUCCUUGGAACACUUGAAUGUGAAGGAGUGCCCCCAGUUUACAGCCUCUGCUUCUGACUUCCAGAGUAAGAACCAAGUCCUACUCAACGAUAAGUUACAUAACUUCAGUCUACUAGGCAGAAGGACUGAAAGACAACUCGAAGCCGUUGCGGAAUCUGUGUCCAGUACAAUACAACCAAUUGCAACUGAGUUUACAAUGUCCAUGGGAGAUUUUCAAGCAUUUGAAUCAAGAAGACUAGCCAUGAAUGAUGUUAUGAAGGCACUUACAGAUGAUGAGAUCACCGCCAUUGGAGUCUACGGAAAGGGAGGCGUUGGAAAAACAACUAUGGUUGAACAUGUUAGUGAAGAAGUUAAGAAUAAUUGGAUGUUCCAUCAUGUGAUCACGGCUGUUGUAUCCAAAAGCCCUGACUUGAGAAAAAUUCAAGGCACAUUGGCAGAUAUGUUGGGCUGUAUAUUUGAGGAGGAGACAGAAAUUGGAAGAUCCCGUAGAUUGAUGCAGAGGAUAAGGAGAGGAAAUAGGAUCCUUAUAAUCUUGGAAGACAUUUGGGAGAGAAUAAAUUUGUCAAAUGUAGGAAUUCCCAGCUACCAUGAGCUUCAAAGAUGCAAUUCCAAAGUCCUCAUCACCACGAGGAGAGAGAAUGUCUGUCAUGCCAUGAAGUGCCAAUCAAACAUUUUUCUUGAUGUCUUAUCAGAAGAAGAUUCUUGGACCUUGUUUGUGAACAGAGCUAGAAUGCCUUUUGAAUUGACCAAUUUUCAUGAUGUUGCAAGGAAGGUAGCUAAAGAAUGUGCUGGUCUUCCAGUUGCACUGAUACCAGUUGCAAAGGCACUUCGUGAUAAGUGUUUGGAUGACUGGAAGGAAGCAGCUGGACGAUUAAAGGCUUCUCAACCUGCCAACCAUGAAGAUGGGGAAGUUGUAUUCAAUUGUAUAAAAUUAAGCUAUGAUUACUUAACAUCUGAUGAUGCCCAGUUAUGCUUCUUGCUUUGUUGCCUAUUCCCAGAAGACUAUGAUAUCCAAAUUGAAGACUUGCUAAAGUAUGGGAUGGGGAAAGGCUUGUUUCAAGAUUCCAGCACAAUGCAAGAUGCCCGAGCUAGUGCACAUUCGGUGGUCAAGUCCCUUAGAGAUUGUGGCUUGCUUUUGGAAUCUGAACGGGACGGAUGUGUAAAGAUGCAUGAUGUCAUUCGGGAUGCAGCCCUAAGGAUUUCAUCUUCGGGGGAUGGCCCAUUGUUUUUUGUACAAGCUGGUUGUCAAUUAAAGGAAUGGCCAAGUAGUAGUCCACAAAAAGGCUGCUCGGCUAUCUCACUAAUUAGGAAUAAAAUCUGCAAGCUUCCUAAAAGGUUCGUAUGUUCAAAACUCCUCAUUCUGUUUAUGCAAAGUAAUGUUUACUUGGAUGAGGUACCAGACUGUUUCUUUGAAAAUCUGAAGGAGUUGAGGGUAUUAGAUCUAAGCCGAACCAGAAUUUCGUUACUACCCACAUCAUUUGAUGAUUUGAUCAACCUCCACACCUUGUAUCUAGAUGGUUGCUUGUCAAUCAUAAAUAACAUAUCCAUACUUGGAAAAUUGAAGAAACUUAAGAUUCUUAGUAUGAGAGAACUUCCUCUUGUGGAAAUGCCGAAAGAAAUUGGAGAUUUGAGCCAUCUAAGGAUGUUAGACGUCACUGGUGAUUAUGUGGAUAAUGUUCCAUCUGAAGUGAUAUGCAACCUUAAUUUGUUAGAGGAACUAUACAUGCAGUGUAAUUUUGCAGACUGGGGGAGUAAAGUUGAGGGAGCAGGAGAAGAAAAUAUUGCUGCAUUUGAUGAGAUAACUGGCUUGUCAAAUCUAAAUGUUUUGAAGGUUUUCAUAUCUGAUGCUAAAUGUUUGCCUGAAGAUGUGGAGGUUGAGCCAAAUUGGUUAAACUUUGAUAUUUGUAUCAGCAGAGACCCAUCAAUCAGAAAAGUGUCCUUGGUUUCAAGUUCUUCACCUGCUUUUACAAGAGCCUUGACUCUUGAUACAACCAUCAAUGCCUUACCGGGUUGGUUUAUCAAUGUGGUGACGAUGAAAGCAGAGAAACUAAAGUACAUAUUGUGUUGGGGAUUAGAUAACAUUCUUGUGGAAUAUGACUGUGGGAGAUUGCAUGAACUGAAGUAUUUAUCUGUUAUUCGGCCCAAUGCGAACUUGAAAGUGUUGAUGAACACAGUAACUCGCUUUCGGAAUGAACCGGUGCUUCAGAACUUGGAAGAGUUGCAUCUCAUUCAAGUGCAUUGCCUGAAGGAGUUAUGUGUUGGUGAAUUGCCGCCUGGGUCUCUAUGCAAUCUUAGGUUACUGAAGGUGAAACAUUGUUAUGAAUUGGUGGAUGCACUUCUACCGUCAGGGUUGCUGCAGAGAUUACAAAAUCUGGAUAAAGUUAUUUGCGAAGAGAUGGAUGAAUUGGAAUACGUUUUUGGAUGUGAAGGGCUUAAGCCAGAACAAAUGAUAUUGACACAAUUGAAAGAGAUGAGAUUGGAGAAUCUAAGGAGACUAAUAAAGAUAUGGAAUGGUCUUGCUCCUUGCGCAAUCUUUCAGAAUCUUCAGAGUUUGGUAGUUUCCGGGUGCUACAAGCUGAAAAAUCUCUUCUCGGCUGAUGUAGCUCAAUGUCUUUUGCACUUGAAAGAUAUUUCAGUAGAGCUAUGCCCAAUAUUGGACAACGUUAUUGAAGCAAGUAAGGAAACAGUGGACAACCAGAUUGUUUUUCCAAAAUUGAAGAACUUGGCUUUGAUAAAGCUUCCACAGCUCACAAGGUUCUGCGGUGGUACUGGAUGUGUUAUUAAGUGCCCUUUAUUGGAAUACUUGUAUGUGGAUAGGUGCCCCCGGUUUCCAACAUUUGACUUCCACAGCAGGAACGAAGUCCAACGAAAUCAUCCACAACAUUUGGACAUUGUACAGAGAAGAGAAACUGAGAAAGCAGAGAAGAUGAAUGGAAGAAGAAACAACCGAGAGAUGGAAUAAUUCCUAGCCAAUUAGGUUCCGGGCAUUUUGUUUUUUUUUUUU